UUUGCCAAAAGCUACUAGUUUUUGGCUUGAUAAAUUUCAAUCUUGCAUGUAGGGUAGACGGAGAACAAAAUUAAUAAUUUGUGUUUAAGAUUUUAUUGCGGGCAAAAUAUAAUACAUACAUUAAAAAAGACACAUUACCUUUAGAUAUAAUUAGAUACAAAAAGCAUACUUACUUCAGAACCAUAAAGCACACCUUCCUCCUCCUCGUACAACACUUGUAGAGCUGAUCCGCAUUUUUAUGAGCUGUUCGAGCUUCCUUGAACUCUAACUGGCUUCUUCUCGUUCCGCAUUUAUCGCGGAUCAGAGUUGUCAGGAAAAAUCUUAGCUAUCGGACCAAUGACGGUUCUUCUUCGCAUAUUUUCUAAAUAAUAUAAAAUCCGACAUCAAAGUAGACCGUAUUUCAAUGGUCUUCGAUACACAGUACUUCGGCGCGGAAUACUAAAGUAGAGAAUUGUAGCUCUCGUUGUUAUUUUGAAUGUUAUCGCCUAAACUCCAGCAAUUUAUCUUGUGACAAAAUGUAAAUGUCAUAAAAGUCGAAAUUAAAAUCUCGACUAUCUAUGCGUGGCAAAACGUCACUUGUAGCAUUGACUUUUUUUCUUUCUUUUAGAGAAGUCUCUUUAGAGUCACGUUUUCAACAAGUUAAAGAACUUGUUGACAUUUUCUACAAGUUAAAGAACUUUAAGAAAAUUUUUAAAAAGUCGAUUCUUGAACUUGUCACAUUUUGAUCUUACAAGCAAUAUCUUUUUUAUUAAUUUUUUGUACAUAACGCUAAAAAUUAUUAUAUUUCCUAAUGCAAGCAAGACGAUCUCUUCUACGUACUUUUUUCUUGUCUCAGCUUUUACUCGAUUCCUUACACCCGUUUGCGCUUAAAGGCCAUUGUGACAAAAAAGCUAAAAAAAAUCGAAUUUUUUUUUCUUUCCGAAUAAAUGACGAAAGUUUUGGUCGUGAAUUUUAACUCCAAAACCAGCUGCUGAGAAAAAAACAACGAAAAUUUAGCUUAUGAAGCGAAAAUGACUCUAUUCUGUUUCAGUUUUAAGUAAAUAACUUUUAAUUAAAUAAGUGAAACUAAAUGAAUAUUUUGCAUGAAUAUUUAUUAAAGUUUUAUUAAUAUAUGUAUAAAAUUUAAUUUGAUUCGUAAUACUACUUUUUCCUCAAAUUUUCAAAUAAAUACUACAAAACGCCAUUUUAUAUAAUUAGAGAGAAUGUAUAACGAAAAAUAAAGUUAUUUUUAAACUAAUAAGAAAACCAUGUUCAAAUUUUAUAAAGAUAUUCCAAUGUAAUAAUAUAAUAUGUAAUAAUAGAACAUUCCGCCAAAUUUGUUGUAAUACUUUGAAAUGUGGGUACGUACAUCCUUAAACAGAGCCGUCGUUUCUGUCGCGCACAGGUAAUAAGAAGAUUCUUUUAUAGAAGCAUAGAGAGCAGCUGCAAUUGUCUGAAAAUAGCUAGUAGUUUUCUUCUGUUUUAAGAAUCUCUUAAAAUAACAUGGCCCUAAGUUCGGUCUAAAUUCAUACCAUAUGUUUGUUAUUUCACUCUCCACAUUUUUAAUUAUUAAAUGAUUGUAUAUGUACUUUUUUCAGCUUCCUGUUCUAUUUCAUGAGUUGUUAUAAUGUUUCUCGCUUUCUUUAUAUAGCUACAUGUAAAUUAUAUCUUUAGUAAGUUAUAUUUUCGGUGCAACUCUAUCCCCUCUUUAUCACCCAUUUAUCAAUCACCAAAUAUCAAGCGAGACCUAUGCUGCGAGACCUAUAUUGCGGUAGGACGGCAGCCUAAAUGACCGGAUAUACAUAGAUUAUUCAAUUUCCGUUUAGCAAAAUAAAUAGUAGUGGAGUGGCCCAAGAAAGAAUUUAGAUGUUGAGGUAGGCACAGGGGACGACAAAGAAUAGGAUAGACUGGUAGGGAGAACAAAAUGGGAGAACGGUGGAAGAGCAAGUCAUUUGUACGCCGAAUAUAAAUACCAAAGACGAAGUUAAAAAGUCAGCAGUAGAGAAGCGGGCCCAGUAUUGUGAGCUGUCACGUACAUAAGCCUUAAUACCAGCUUGACACGAAGAGAAGAUAAAUCCUCUGCGUUGAUAGUGUGAUAGCGGUAACGUGGCCAGGUUGAAGCGUAGUUUUAACGUUUAAGAAUAUACGAACUGCAGAUUACACCGAUAAUCAUGGAUAUGGUUGAGGACUAUGUGAGCGAAGGGAGUAUCAUGCAGCGUCGUGACGCCCAGGACGUUCUGGAAGAAUUCAACUGCGAACUGUCGAAGAUGCGAGGAAGGUGCCUCGACAUCGGCUCAGGCCCAGGUGAAAUUACCAAGGAGAUGUUGUUGCCGCUCUUGCCGAACGAUGCGGAGGUAGUAGGCGCAGACAUAUCGGAAGCGAUGGUAGAAUACGCCCGAAAGAAGUACUCCGUUGACAAGCGAUUAUCCUACAUAGUACUGGACAUCGAAACGUCGGAGUUGCCGAGCGAUCAAGUCGGUCGAUACGAGAAUGUCGUGUCGUUCUACUGUUUGCACUGGUGCAAUGACAUAUGGCGCGCUUUCGACAACAUCUACAAGCUAUUGCGGCCAAAUGGAAAAGCGCUUAUGAUGUUCAUUGGACAUCAUUGUGGCUUCGAAGCGUAUCUACGACUCAAGCAGAAUCCGCGUUAUCAGUUUUAUCUCCAGGAUGCGCGCCGUUACGUGCCGUAUUUUCAGAGAAGAAUGUGUAAAGACGUAAGAGCGAGUCUGCGAAAGAUGCUGGAAGACGUUGGCUUUGAAAUUUUGCAUUGCAGCAAGAGGGAGAAAAGUUUUUCCUACAGUAAACAAAGUCUUAAAAACCACGUGUGUGCUGUUAAUCCUUUCAUCAAAAAAAUGCCCGAUAAUAUGAAGGGUGAAUUCAUGGACAACUUAUUAAGUGAAAUAAUGAAAAACGUUCUGAUCCCGCGCACGCUAGAAAGAAAAGACGAUGAACAAGAAUCCAUAGUAUUGAGAUACUAUCUCUUAAUAGCUUACGUGCAAAAACCACCAGCAGCUGAUUAAGGCUCUUAAAAUACUCUCUAAAUCGGAAUCAAUGUAUUAUUUACUGAUUUACAUAUAGUGCAUAUAGUGACAUAUAUAGUUAUAAGUAUAGCACUAUAAUUGGUAAGAUUUCACUAAUUCCGACUUGGAGAUUGUAUUUUUAGAAAAUUCUAAUUAUAAUUUAGACAGUAAAGCAAAAUUAAAAAGUAAAAGCUAAAAUUAUAUUGUUUUUAUCGCAUUGGACAUAAUUUAAUGUUUUAAUAAAACAAAAGAUUUCACUAUUUCCGACUUAGAAAGUGUAUUUAUAUUAGAAAAUUUUAAUUAUACAUAUUUAAACGAUAAUGCAAAAUUAAGAAAUAAGAACUUAAGAAAUAAAAUUAUACUAUUUUUUCAUAUCAGAUAAAAUUAAUUAGAUAAAUAAUGUUUUAAUAAAACAAAGAAAUAAAUAUUAAUUAAUUUUAACAAAAUUCGUCAAUGUAGUUAUUCUAUUGUCGCCAUCUCCCUGAACAAAAUCUUGCGUUUUUGCGAAAACAUAAAAGUGACGAGAGAGGUGGGAAAAAAACAAAUACGUUGUCACUUUCGACAGCUUGCCUCCUACAACACUAAACUUUAUGUAUGUAUUAUACGCUAUAUCUUUGAUUUUACAAUAGUAAUACAGCCAUUUAUAUAGAAUAUCGUUAUUAUAACUUAUGGAUCAUAUCGUAUGGAUACAAGAGUGAGUCGUUACGGUAUAUUCGCAUAGCGGGUAAUAAUAUUUCUAAUUUCUGUUCUCUAAAAAAUACAUCCAGGCUUACGAAUAGUCUUAAAACCGCUGACAUCGAUCGUGUUUGUUCACAUCCGGCGCGCGCCUCUCGGGAAGUACGACUAGCUAUCCGAGAAAGGUCGUACGAACAAGUUCACAUUAAUCCUUCGCAAUAUCCACGUAUACAGCAAUAAUUAAUCACGCGGGUUAUUUCCGCGUGAUCUCACACACACACACACACACACACGCACGCAAGUGUUUUCUUCAACAAUCAUUUUAAAGUGCAGGUACUUAGUCGUACUUCGAGCGACAACGCAUUUGCGAUCCAUUGAAAUGGAAGCGGUCCAAAAUACCACCACCCUGUUUAAAAAAUCCGAUAGAAUUUGAUAAGAAAAAAAAUCUACGUUAAUCCUUUCGUGUUUUUUGUUCGUAAGUAUCAGAUUUAUUAUUAAACUCGGUGGAAAUGAAUAAAUUCACUCAAUAGCUCAAAUGUGAAUCUGAUUGCAAGAAUAAUUUUACUAUGAAAUUAGAUAAAAUUUUAAUGAAGUUUAAAUUAUAUUAUUUCUUAUCGGUUUUUUUAAAUAGGACAUUUUGUGUGUGCCACGAAAUAUCCUCUAUUCGACGUAUUUCCGCCGCAUUCAUUCACAAGCUGUUUUCCAAUUGCGUAUGUGACCUUCCCUUGAACUCCCGCAUUCAUAAAUCGCUACGUAAAAGCAAGUUUGGAGAGAUGAGAAUCUCCCCCGUAGUGGAACCAAACGCGGCGCGAGAGGGAUCCUCGGCUGAGCAUGGAAUUUUAUUGCAUCUCGAUAUUCAAAUCGAGCACUAACAAGCGACACUUUAGUUAAUCGCACAACGGAAGAUGUAUUUUAAACACCCGCCGCGUAUAACGUAUUCCGUCUUAUGCUCCAGUGAACGUAAUCGAUAACGCGAAGACUUUUUUUAACUCUCAUUGUCAGUAUAUUCUAGUUAUCGGGACCUUCCGCAAAUACCCCCCCUUAUGUUUCCUACAUUACGAACGAGGAUACCACCUGCCACAGCAGCAACCUUCCGCUGUACACACGAUGUGAUUCCUGCUGAUUAGCAUAUAUUAGUACGUAACAAACGCGCUCUCGAGUUCGAGCCGUGUUCCUUUAUAAUAAUUACGAAAGUCGUAAAACAUCGGAUGGGUGCCAAUCUGCUCUCAAAUCUCACCAAGAAAAUUAGAUUCCAAUUUCAAAAAGUAGAUUAUAUGAAUACGUGUUAAUAUACCCAUUUUAUUUCGGUUUACAUAUAAACUAACAGCCGUAAAACCGGGAAAUUCAAAUAUUUAUACUACGUUUCGAGAGCAAGAUUUGCGAGCGUUAUGCAAUCCGAAUGCCUUGCAAUUAGUUUAAUAAUUUAAUUAUUAGUUAUUAGCUCUGGAUGCGUAUAUUUUAAGAAUGUCGAAAUCGUAAAAGUUAUUCAGUAUACAUUUAUCGAUUACGAGCUAAUGCCGUAAGUGGUAAAAUGGAGUAAAUAAGUAACGCUUUUUUUCUUAGUGUAUCGGUCACUUGGUAGUCGCUUAUUUCGUAGAAAGGACAUCGAACAUCAAAUAUGAUAUUAUUUAGAAAAGAGGGUUUAUACCUGGAUACAGAACAGUGAAGGAUGAUCGAGGGCAAGGCACAAGUGAGUCAGAGAGACAGGGAGAGAUAGAUAGAGAGAAAGGAGAGAGGAGAAAUUAUCUUUUGGAUGAAAUUAAUUUCUACGCCCUAAUUGUUUUUUGCAUUACGUACCUUUCGUCGCGAUUAAGAUCGAUACAUCGCGAGAUAUACACGUACAUACACGCACACACAUAUAUGUAUAUAUUGUAUUAUAUAAUCAGACACCAUUGACGUAAUUAAUCGACUAUUGCUAAUAGCUAGGAGCAAACAUCUUAUUUCUAUCGAUACUCUCACACCUCCUCGCUCAUGUUUAUCUCUCAGCGUGACGCGAUUAAUAAUUCAUCUCUGCACCUUUCAAAACCUGAAAAAACGAAAACAUCGAAUAAACAUUCCGUGCACUCCGAGUCCCCGUUGAAAAGAAUAAUUUGGAAGACACGCGAUACAAAAGUAUAAUGUAAAAAAUCGUAAGAUUUGUAUCUACGUAUUUUGUGAAAAUAGAUAGCACUGAAUGAGAGAGAAUUGUAAACUUUAGGACUCUAUGAAACGAAAAAGACCCGGAGUUUCCUCUCACGAAACGCUACAGAUAGAAAAUGUUUUUUUUUUUUAAUAUAAAGCGAACUUACAUUUAAAAAGUUAAGAGACGCUGAGAAUCGCGAAGAGUCAGUGUGAAAUUCGUUAAUAAUAAAAAUUCAGUUUAUAAAGGAUUUAUAAAGAUUUAUAAAGUCACAUAGAUCUAUUCAGAAAGAGAACUCAUCGAAAGCUUCGUUGUAGAAAAAAUUUCUACAAACAUUUUUUUUUUUUUUUUUCCAGAUAAUUUGUAAAAUUUAUAAAACAAAAAUGUCUGUUGUUCUCGACCUAACGAUCUACGGGGAAAAAUCUGCAAGUAUCUAUAGAAAUAAGAUUUCCGUUCAAGAUCUGAUUUCUUUACGGAGCUUCCUCGCAUUUGUGCCUCAUUAAUCACCGCAUGAAAAAGUCGCUAUGUGAGCCAAAAUUACAGCUUAAUCUUUCUCUCGAUAGUGUUUCUUUUCGAUUUCUCGUUCGAUAUACGCCGAGAUACGCGCCGUGUCGUUCAAAAGCUACGCUAUAUUAUAAAUUUCUCGCCUACCGCGUAGGAGAGACCGCGGUAGAUAUAGAGAACAUGAAUAGAAUAGAUUAAUUACGCAUUUAAGACCGUUGUUACUUAGGUACUUUCAUAGUGGGAGAGUUUCGUCGUUGGAUUUAGCACGGAUGAAAUGCACGUAAUCGAAAUGCGACACGCACAGUGAUCAGUAAUUACAAGAUUGAACUUAUCACAGGAGAAGGGUGACAAAAAAAAAUUAAUAGAAAUAUAAUUAAAUAAUUGCUAGAAAUCGAUCAUCGUUAUGCAUCAUCUGAUUACGCUGUCUAAUUAUGUUUAACGUAACAUUAUUCCGGUUCAUUGCUCGUAAGCUCUAAAUAAUCUCACAUCCAAUUAACGUUACGUAGAAACGAUAAUUCCAUAUUAAUUCAUACUAUUAUGAAUGUACGACAAUCUGGUCAGUAUCCAUUCGAUUUAGGGUGCGAACCACUUGACGCUGCAAACGCUUCGAAGCAUUCUUUAAAUUGGUCAAUUCAUAAAAUUGUUUGUUUCUAAUUGGUCAAAUGCUUCGAAGCAUUUGUCAGUGUCAAGUAGCUCGCGCCUUUAAAUUAAUCGUAGUAAAUAAAGAAAUGGGAGAGGGAAAAAUGUCGGGAGAUAAAGUACGAAACGAAAACAAGUUGUGAACACAACAAAUUGUUAUAAUCUCUCGUCGCUAUUUACAAAAAAAAAGGGGGAAGAAAAACGGAAGAGUACACAUGACCAACCAAUUGAUUAAAGAAUAACGAGAGA